UUCUAAUUAAAGAAACCCAUUGUUAGUCGUAUCUGUGCUACAGGACAGAUAAUUCUUCUUCGAACAUAGUGUUAAAGAAGACACGAAUUUAAAUUCUCGAUUGUUGUGCGCUCGGUGCAAGAUGAUUUUGAUACGUAAUAAAAAUAUCCGUGUGUUGAUAUUCAUCGCGAGUAUCCUGUCAGUGAAUUCUAAUGAACUUUUCUCGGCUUACAAUGUUUCCCCCAGAGUCGUUCCGAAGUGUUCCUUGCCAAUAACAGUUUUGGAUUUCAUUCGCAAUACUAGUCAGCCUGAUUUAGAAACUAAAUGGCCCUGUGAAGUACGCUCGUACUGGCUGUCUUUAAAACCAUUCGUCAAAUCCGUCCGUUUCUUGCUCCGCUAUGUAACGCCAUUUAUUAUAAUACUCGGUGUAUUGCUAAAUGCUGUAUCUUUUAGUAUGUUGAGCGCACCUGUGUUAUGUGACUCCAAUUUGUCACUUUAUCUAAGCGCGCUCGCUAUAUCGGACAAUGGAGCGUUAAUAUUCAAUUACGCCGUCAGCGUCGCAAAAUCACACUCCUCAUCUGUUAACGAUCUUUUUAUGAACAGCAAAUUUUUAUGCGGUGCAAAUUCCGUGAGCAUGGAACUUUUUCAAUUUACGUCAACCUGGCUGAUUGUCGCUCUCACAUGGACGCGUGCCAUCGCCGUGAUGUUUCCAUUCGGAGCUCGCGAUCAGACUCGCUCGGCGAUUACAAUUAUUACUAGUCUAGUCUGCAUAAGCUUUAUAAUAUCCUUAACGAAGCUGUACUCUGGCGGAUACGAAACUGACAGCGUUUUCGAAUUUAUACCGUGCCAGAAGAUGAAGCCAUGGGGCAGCGCCAUGUACUUUUACAUCGCCCUGUCCACGUGGCUGCCAUUGCUUUUUAUAUCGAUCGGCAAUCUGCUACUGAUUGUUCGUAUGAGGAAGUCUUAUAAGAUUCACAACGAAUUAACUCAUAAUUUUAGGUACAGAAGCAACAGAACAAACAAUUCAAGUAGAACGUUGCUCGCGGUAUCGAUAGUACAUUUGAUCUUGUUGCUGCCAUUGGGAAUUGUUGAAACGUUGGAACUUUAUUGGGACGUGAUUUUAAUCAAAUAUCCUAAUAAUACAGGAGAAAACGAGAGAUACAUACAUUGGUUACAAGAGAAGAUGUUACUAAAGUGGUGUCACGGCCUGUUUUUUCAUAUAUACCACUGGAAUUUCGCAAUAAACUUUUUUCUGUAUUAUCUUACAGGAAAUAAAUUCAGAAGUGUUGUUGCGCAAACAUUGAAAAAUUAUACGGAUACAUAUCUGCCGUGCCACAAAAAAGUCUUGAGGUGCAAUACAUGGAAUAACUGUCACAAACAUUUACGAUCUUGCAUCACAUUGCUAACAAGAACUGUUGUACGAAGCAAACAAUUCAAUAAUAUGGCAAAUAAUUCAAUAAUAUUCAAUGAUAGAAGUAAUUCCAAUGAAAGAAACAGCAACGUUACCUAAUUUUGUAAAAACAAAGUACAUAGGAAGAAAACUCUUUUCGAUAUAAGAACGUUACAUUAUAUGUAACUUAUAUAUAAUAUACGCGACUUAAAAGAUAAACGAAAAGAUAUGUACACAUUCACAGAAAAGAUAUGUACACAUUCAACUCAAACGUGAUAAAUAAUCAUCUCUUUCUCGAUUAUUUUAUAUACAUACUCAUCGUAUCUUUUUAAUUGAUUCCGGAAGUCAGUUCUCGGGGAGCAGAAAUUAUAUUCGGAUAAAUUAAUUUUUGUUUUGCAAUUUAUUUUGUUUACACAUGAAAUGUUUACAUUAAACAUUGCAAAAUAUCACAUUGCAUAUUAGGCGUCUUCUGCAUAACAGCGUAAUUCUUAUAAUUAAAUAGCGAUUUAAUUGCAUGUAAAGAUGAUUUGUUAUUACAUUUUAUAACUUUAUAAUUUCCAAUUUUUUCGCUAUCAUUAUUCGCCUUUUCUAGUCUUAUAAACUAACGUUAUGGUCCCCCAUGCAGAUCUUUGAUGCAAUCUGGGAUAUCGUGAUAAUACUGUACUAACAAAAAUUUCGAGCAAACGAGAAUAAGAUGAACUAUUAACAAUAAGAUGUAGUAAAAUGUACUAUUA